AGACCCAAGACUUAGCGUUUGGCUAUAAAAAAGGCGGAGGUGGACCUGCCUGUCAGACGGUUUGUUGUUGCUCUUGCUGGUCGGCAGAAGGAGGGGAAUGUAAAAGUGUGAAAUUGAGGUAGAGCAGGACGCAGGACAGCGAGGCAUCCAGGCGGAUGGAGCGUCAGCAGCUGUGAUUUUGUUUGACUGAGGAGAAAAGUGUGACCUGCUGUGAGCGUUAGCAAACUGUCACAAACUGUGAAGCGGACUUUGGACCCUGCGAUGAGAGAAGAGGUGUCCUGCACCAACUCCCCUGAAGGAGGGCUGGGGGCCAGUGAAGAAGAGCUGGAGAGAGCAUCGAAGAAGACCCUCCAACAGGCAAACCGAAAACGCUCCCCCUACCCAAAGAAGGACAGCCUCAGUCAGACGGAGGAGAGCAGCACAGGCAGCACCAACAGCCUCCUGCCAACCGGGCCGAAGAGGCUCAAGAAGAGCCCCUCCACCAUCGUGUCGUUGGCCCCGACGUCUCUGGGCCCCAGGCCAGAGCCGCCCUUCGAGGAGCUCCACUCUCAGCGGGUAAUCGCCAACGUGCGAGAACGCCAGCGGACCCAGUCCCUGAACGAUGCCUUCGCUUCCCUACGCAAGAUCAUCCCGACACUACCCUCAGACAAGCUCAGCAAGAUCCAGAUCCUGAAGCUGGCCUCACGCUACAUCGACUUCCUGUACCAGGUGCUGCAGAGCGACGAGAUGGACGCCAAGCUGGCCAGCUGCAACUACCUGGCCCAUGAGAGACUCAGCUACGCCUUCUCCGUCUGGAGGAUGGAGGGGGCCUGGGCCAUGUCCACCAGCCACUAGGACCCCUCUAAACUCAUCUCAUACACCCUCUCGUGUCGACACCUCCAAAUCCCUCCCUCCUCUAAACCUCUGUCUGUGUUUGACCUCUGACCCUCUGACCCUUCUCCCUGCAUGGUCUGAACUUAGCCUCUCCAUCUAAAACCUUUGCAUACAUUUUAUUUCCUGUGCUGCAUAAGGAUUCAUUUAUCAGCUGCUACCUCCCCGUCCUCUUCGCUCCUCUCCUGUUCCCUUCUCUUCCUUCUCUUUCCUUGAGUUUAGUCCAGAGCAGCGAGUCAAAACACUGCGGCUCCUCAGCAUCCUCUACAUCCUGGACUUCCUCUGCACCUUCGAAAGAUUUCUUUUGCAUCUUUCUGUGGCUUCUUCUUCUUCUUCCUCUUCUUCUUUUUUUUUUUUUUUUUCCUGGACAUCCGUCAUGACAGCAAGACGCAGAGACCGUUGCUCAACCAAGUGGUUCUGAGACUCAAGUGCGGAGAUGUGACACAAUGUACUGCCGAACAUUUGAAGUAAAGAAAAUAUAACUAUAUAUAUAUAAAUACAUUAAAAAACAAACAGCUGGCCUGAGGUGACAAUGAAACAAAACGGCUGCUGGAUGGAGCGCCUUCGAUUACACCUGGAUGAUAACCGUCGUCCCAUUUUCCCCCUUGACUCUUCUCCAUUCGGAUGACUCACAGCCUGACAAUCAUUAGGAUGACUAAUGAUAAUGGCACAGUGAUGGUUAGAGGGCGGUCACAGCCAAUUUAUGUUUACAGCUAAAAUGCUAAUAAGCUAAUCGCUUUGGCUGUAAAGGCGGGAAUCUGGUGCAGACCUUGCUUGUUGCUUUCCUGCAGUGACUGGAUCGCUCUUAUGGUUAUUUUUCAAGCAUAUCUGCUCCUACUUUUGGUGUUUUUACACUGUUUUACCUAAACCCUGCUUACUGCUUCAUUCGGUUUCCAGCCACUGAUCAGCAAACUGUUUAUUUCAUUAGUAGUUUGUCUGUCGUUGGUGAAUGCUGCAGCUUUAAAAUAUCUCUGCGAAGCUUAAUGAAAUAAUAUCGCGGAGGAGAAUUUGUCAGAAAGCGUGCCAAAGUGUUGAUGAUGUGAUUACAUGCAGACUAGAGCAGAUUCAUUUGUAACUGUUGGACCAAAUGCUUUGAUCAUGUUGCUUUCGUACUGUUUUUUUUUUUUUUUUGUUCUUCU